CCUUCGCGUCCACCUGCAGCCUCUCGGUCACCUGCGCACAGGCUGCCCCCUGUUGCAAGACUCGAGGGCGCCGUCCCUGCUGCCCUCGUCGCCGAGGAAGCAGAACACGUCGGGGCGCUACCGGCACCACCGGAACCCCGCAGUGAAAGCGGGGACGGGGGAAGGCGGGAACACGCCCAGCCACUCCGCGCCUCCGCCGCCUGAGUGACACCCGCCCUGCCCAGUGCACUUAGAGGUGGCCCCGGCGGGCGGGCGCAUGGCGGCGGGCGGUGCCCGCCCCGGAGGAGCCAGUGCCAGCGCUGGACGAGCGGGGUGCUCCGCCACCUUGGCUGGCCAGGGCGACAGGAGGGCGCUAUGCUGCUGCACCUGGUAGCCGAGUUUGACUUGCAGAGGGAUGUGGUGCCCUGGCUGGUGGCGCGGGGCUGGGCCGCGGCUCUAGAUACUUCUGAGAAGCCAUCAACCAUCUAUGUUGUAAAUGUUGAGAGGAAUGGAAAAAUUAUUUAUACCUGGAAGGGAAAUCAGCGAAAUACUCACAUUGGAUUGUAUGAUCUUCACACUAGGCAGAAUGAGCACCUCUAUAUGUUUGAGAAGGAUCUACACAUAAUCAGUUGUUCGGUCAACAAGGAAAGGACAUUAUUGGCGGUCAGCUUCCGUCAGUAUACAGAGGAAGAAAGAGUAAGUCAGCUAUUGCACUCAGUAAGCAAGUAUUUAACUUUGCUAAUUGAAAUCCGCCCCAUUAAUAAUGUGAGAGUCCUGAAGGCUGUGGAUAGCUGUGUGCGAGUACAGUUUCUUUACCCAGAUGAAGGCAGAAGUGCCUUUCCAGAAAGUCGCCUUUUGCUCGUUUCAGAAGAUAAAUAUAUUGAACAAUUUGGAAUUCAUGUUGUUGCAGAAGAGGAACACAAAAUGGUGAUUCAUAACUCAGGUCAGCUUCCAAGAGCCAGAGUUGCAGAUGAUGUCAUUUGGGCACAAUGGGAUAUGAUGGAACAAAGACUCUUCUACAUUGUUCCAAAGGAGUCAAAGAAUACUUUAAAAUGUGUCCAGUUUUAUCCUGAUGAAAAUUUUAACUCAAUACUGGAAUCACCCCUGGAUAUUUCUAUAAAUGACACACAAUUAAAACUUGUCAAUUUUGGAUAUGAUCACUGCAAAGACCAAGAUACGGCAUCUAAAUCUUUGAAUCUUCAGAUUUUCACAAGUAAAGCAGGAGGCUUGUGUGUGUGUUGUAGUCCAGCCUCUGCUAUUCCUGAUGAAAUAAUGUAUUCCAUAUAUUUUUUACAUAAAGGUUACAACAAAACUUUUACAGUUUCUCUAGAAAGAACAGAAUCUCAUCAAUUGAAGGAAGUGGCUUUUAUGAAUCUUGACUAUUAUGUGGCUGCAUAUUUGCCUGGCCAGUUCCUGCACCUCCUGAAUAUUCAGCAUCCUGACCUGCUGUGCUACAGUUUAUUUCUGACAGGUGAGGAUGCAAGAAUUGAUGUGUUACAGAACUGCUGCAUUCGCUCCCUGCUCACGUCAGCAGUGCUGGAUUGCCAGAUGGGGAGGAUGUAUGCAGUGAGCAUCAGUGCCAGUGCCUUGCUGCGCUUUUUGCAGGGCAGCCAACAGGACAGCCAGAGGCUGGCAGCUCUGCACUGUGCCCUGCUCUACUUCCAACUCCCAGAAGACUUGGAAAUGCAGAUUAUUUGGUGGCUUUCUGAGAACCUGUCAACGUGUCAUUCAUUUGACCCUAUUCAAGAGUUUAUCAUAGCCUCUCUGUACUGCAGAAUGUGUGCAGAAACUCACAACCUGGAUAAACUUUUGCCCUACACAUCCCUGCUUGACUGGAUUGGGAGUAUCCCUGGAGUAACUUGCACAACAGACAUCAUCUCUUUACCUGUCUUAGAGUUCCAAAACUCCAGAGGCUUCUGGGAGAAACUCAACUCAAACCUGGAAAGCGUUAAGUACUCGGAGCCGCACUUGCACUACCACAGUAACCUGCUGAGGAGGGAAUGGCACAGCCUUUCCGAGGAGAGAGAGGAGAGAAGAACCACAGCUUAUGUGAGGAAUAUUUUUGAAAAUGCCCAAAAGGUGCUUUCUCAUCUGGGCACUUGGGAUUCUGAGGAACGGCUGGCACCUCUCUUCCAAGAGGACGAUUACCAGCAGCAGCUGCUGAUGGGACUGAUGGUUGCUCAGCUAAAGGAUCACCUUAUGAGACAUCUUCAAUAUGUAGGAAAAAAGAAGAUUGACCAAAUAGUUUUGGAUUACGUUGCAAACCUGCUAAGUCUGGUACAUCGAAUCAUGAAAGAAGUUUGGAGGAGAUACCAGCUUCAUUCCUGCAUCUUCUGCUUUGAUGAGAGAGGGAGUGCAGCAGAGUUCACCGUGUUCCACAUCAUGAGUCGGAUCCUGGAAGCUGCAAAUGGCAUGUGUCUGCCUUUGCCUCCUGGUUUUCACACUCUGCACUUGGGCCUUGGUGUUCGAUGUCUUCCUCUGCACACUCUCCUGCACUACAUUGAUACUGGAGUGCUGCACUUGACAGAAACCUGUGUAAGGAAGCUGCUGAAAGAUCUGGAUGACACAGAGCAGAAUGAAAAGCUGAAGCUCAGUAUUGUCAUGAGGCUCCCUGAGGUUCUUGGUCAAAAGAUCCGCCAGUUUUGGACUCAUCCCAUAAAUGCCAAUUUCAUCGCACGGAAAUAUGUGAAGUUUUUGCUGGAGAAGCUAGAGAACAGGCAGUGCAACAGGCCUAGCCCUGAGAGGCUCUCAGUCCCUGUAGAGUUUUUGCCACUGAACUACCUGACUGAUAUGUUGGCAGAGAUAGAGAAUCAAGGUGUGCAUCCAUAUGAAAAACAAGAUCCCAUUAAUGUCAGGUUUGUAGAGGAAACAGCUCUCAAACACACUGUGACAUUUUUGGGCCUCAAGUAUUCUUGAAAAAAGGAGCUGCUGAAGAAAGCUGCCUGGGUACUGCUUCUGUGAAAGCAUUUACACACAUCUGUGUGAUCAGCUUGUUUGUUUGUGUGAAACUUAAGUGCCAGGCUGUUUUGUGUAGCCACCAUUACUGACAUAAGCUACUCAAAAUACUGUUUGGUGCAAGGUAUUUAUUGAGGCUGAAAUCACUGGCUUCUAGAGAAAUCCUAGAGAGAUUUAUGUGACACCAGGUUUCCAGUGAGAGAGAUCUGGUUUCACUAGGUCAUGCUGAAGUGGGCAAAUGAAUGCAGCUAUAGCAGAUAUUUGAACCAGACUCUGAAAGUUGGUAUUGCUGUCAGUUAUUUUAACCAGAUAGUCUUAGAAAACAUAACUGUUACUUGUUUAGACUGGUAAAAUGAUUUCUUGGUGUGUUUUGAAAGCAGAGAACACAUCAGUAAUGAUGCAUUCAUUCUUUGUGGUGGACAUGUGCUACAGUCCUCCUGGCUCUGAGCUGGAUUCACAUAGAUCCCUUUUGGAAUUAGCAUGAAAUAGCAUCUUUAAAAGCAUGUGAGAGGAUUUUGUGUUGUUUAAGAUGUGUAAAAGAAAGAAAAUGUUCUUUAGAAAUUUACCUUAACUGUGCCUUUGACAGAUUUUUACUGAAUUCUUCUGUUCGAACUUCUAGUGUUAUAGGUCCAGCCUCAGCUUCAAAAAGAAAUGAUGGAGAUUCCUUAAUUUUCAACUUUUAUUUAUAUAUAUCACUGAACCAAUGUUAUUUGCAUUUUUUUUGGUUUAAUGUUCUGAACUAUCCCAUUAAUUUAAAAUAGUGGUUUGCUAUGCAGAGAGAAUCUGAAGUUCUGAUGUAGGAUUGCUGUAGUCCUCACUAGUAUUAAAACAACUCUGUCAUAGCUCACUGACACUGUGAUAGAUUUUGAAGGUGUUUCAACAACAGCCCCUGAUACUCUCUCAGAGCAGUGUCCACAGCUGUUCCCUGUUCCUUAACAGUAAAAUAAAAAGAUUCAGUUCCCAGGAGAGACUUGGCAACUUGGUGGUCAUUCCCUUGUUGGUACCAUCAGUGGAGAGCUUCACUUUCUCAGUAACAGCAUAGAGGGCAGGAUUAUUUUUCUCAAUAUAAUUGAAAUUUGUCUGGCAAGUGUAAACUCCAGUCCAGAGUGCAGCAAGCUAGGUGGAUGUAUUUGUGUAAAUGCUGGGGACUCUGUAUUAUAUUAAGGAGAGAUGAUUUUUCUAGCCUUUUUUCUUCUAAGGAAUUGUAUUAUAAAAGAUAUUGAAAUGCAAUAAAACCUAGAAGCAAAAUA